AUGGCUCCGACGGCGACGCCCUGGCCUUGUAAAGCUCUCGGGCUCCUUCUCUGCCUGAUACUUGUCUCCUGCGUGCAAGCUACGGCGAACUUCACCGUUGUAAAUGGCCAGGUCUACACACCGGGCUUGGCCAUUAUCGAUGCGCCGCAGCCGCACACACCCGAAGGAGGUGACUUCCUCCAGGUAGCCGUUGACAUAUCAGGUGAUGGUCGAAUCCCUCAGCCUCCCUAUGCCUCGGACGUCGAGACUGGCAUCUUCAACAUGACCAUGUUUCUCUUCAGCUACUCGACUGGCCUCAAUCUGACCAUAUCGAACGGUACCCGCUAUGGCUGGCUCAAUGAUACAACUGAAGCUCCUGAGUUCCACUGCAACGCAACCACUACCCAGAAGUUCCAAAAUGCAGGCUGCGAGGAGAUCAUGGCGCAAGAGAGCGGCAGUACUGUGAAACAUGUCAAUUGGGCGUGGCCUGACUGUUUGGUGGGGGAUGGCCAAGCGAGCAGUGCAAAUUCUUCGGCCAGGGGCGCAUAUAACGUCUCGAUCCACCAGUCAUUUCGUGUUAACGGGACCGGAUACUACACCAUCUUCAAUCUUCCCAUUGAGGUCACCAAUUCCAUUCCAAACAAGACCCAACUCUCUGCAACUCAGACUCGCCCACUCUGUGCUCUACGCAACAACCCUCUCCAGAACCAAACGAGUCAAGAGGCCAGCACAUUCUCUCCAUCGUUUCAGCCAUAUCUCGGGGGCAAUGUGAGCAUCAGUGGCAGCGCCCAGACAGGAACCGGCACUGGCACUGGGAGUGCGCCUCAGGUCUACACCAUGACGACCGUCCAAGUACUUUUCGCGGUAGUCUUUAUUUCAAUGGUGUUGACGGGAUGA